AUGCGCUACCAUACCAGCUGUGUCACUAUUCCGUCCAUAAGUGCCGCGGGGUUGUGUUCUCGCCCCAAGCUCGAUCAAUUCCGGGUCUUCAUUUUGGAGCAUUUGCUGGCCAAAUCACUGCAUCUCGUGUCCAGUGCACGUAUGCUACAAUUCGCGGAUGACUGUGAUGGAAGACACAACAAGAACAAAGUUAUCUAUCUGGCAGAAACAUCAUUGGGCUGGUUUACGGAUUCAUCACAUAGGGUACACGAAAACAAAGAUCGGAAAAUCGAUCCAAGACUGUAUUCAGAUAAUGACCAACGUGCAGAAUGUAUAUCGCAUCGACUGGUCAUCAUGUAG